UAAAAUAGAAAAAAAAAAGGAAAAAAUGGAAAGAAUAUUCAAACAAAUGGUGGCCCUUCACUUAAUAUCUUUAGUUGUUUUAUCUCCUUUGUGUCUAGACUUGUUAUCAAACCCGCAAUUUGUUGAGAAAACUUACCCGGAGACUAUCUGUAGCCGUAAAAAUAGUUUGGAAGAUUUUGCAUCUGCCCUUACUCUAAAAGCUCGUCUAGAAAAAAAUCCAUUAGUUUGUUUAGUAACACAAAAAUUUGUUUCACCAGCGUUGACGCUUACCCUGCCAAAAUUAUCAAGAAAAAAAAGAGCGGUAAAAUCGUGGAAAACCCCGCAAAAUCUUCCUGAUGGAUCACAAAUUACAUACUGCUCUGAUUUAACAAAAUGUUGUAAACCAAAAAAAUCUUUGAAUGGAGCUGGUACUCACUACAGUCUAUGCAGAGAAUGCAUUCAUCUAGUCACGCUUCCAGCAAGUUAUACUCCGCGACAGCACUUUCAUGUUACCUGUCAAGAUGAAGACUAUUCUGAAACAUGUUUUACAGGUGAAGGAGGGUGCGCAACAAAUUUGGUACCAAGAACAAUAAACUUUAAUUCAAAGGAGGUAACUAUAAUCCUUGGACAUUCUUGUUCAUGUGAAAUUCUUCAAAGUUCUAUUUUCUCUGAUUACAUUUAAAAGCAUUCAUCAACCGAAAAAAACAAAAAACAAGGAAGAAAUCAUUUAUGCGUUCAAACAUUUUUAUGUUUUUAUGUUCAAUUUUUAUGUUUUUUUAUAAUUAUAUUGUGUAUAUUGUGUUUGUUUUUAAGAACAAAAGAGGAGUAUUGCUUUAAUUGAAACAACGCAGUUGUACUGAGUUGUUUAAAUUAAAUAAUGAUUGUAGUUAUUACGGAGAUUAUAUUUUUUUUUUUAUUCUGGUAAAACUUUAUUUUUAUUUUUUUUAAAGUCUUUAGAUAAAUUUUUAAAAAUAUCAUGACUGUACUUACUGGGUUUAGAAAUUUUUUUACGACUAAAAGAUUAGAAGACCAGUUUGCUUGUUUUUUCUUGAGGAAAAGACCAGUUGUGGUGAUGUGUGUUGAGUUCUCGCAUCAGAACUGGAGGUCUGUGGUCCGUGGUGUAAAAAAUACUUGCUAAGUUGUUAUUUAGAAUAUUAAAAACAAUUUUUAUUAUAAAAACAUAAAAUUAUUUCUUAAAAGCGAUGAUUUUUUUUUUAAAAUGAAGCAUUAAACAACAGCAAAUAUUUUUUGAAAAUUGACGUUUCAGAGGGUCACUUUGGAAACGUUUCAGAGGGUCACUUUGGAAACAUUUCAGAGGGUCACUUUGGAAACGUUUUAUCUAAAUGUAGUACAAAAUUUAUUUUUAUUAAAUUAACACACAUUCUCCUCGUCCUGACCUUUUACCAUUGUCUAUGUUGUUUUUUAUUCUAAAAAUUUAUAAUCGUAUAAAUAUAAAGUUGAUAGUCAAUCAUGUAGAAAAUAAUUUUUGAUUGAAGCUGAAGUUGUUUUGUAAAA